UUGAUAAAAGAACUAAGAUUCGGCUCCAGAGAACACACACAGGAAGCAGCUCCUUCAGCUGAGAAGAGUAGCAAAAUAAAGGAAGCUGUACAGAAAAAUAAUCAAAAGAAAAAGCGAACAUUGUACCUUUGUGAACACUUUUAUUACCUUCAGCCAGGGCAUGCGAAACUUGAAGGUCAGCAUCUGAAGAUUAACUGUUGACAGCAUAUUAAAGAACAGCCUGUUCCAUUAGUGCCUUUGAAGUGAGCGGGUGCAUCAUGUCCCAAACUAAAGGACCCACACUUGCUGCUUCUACCUUUGAGGACAGCAACCAAGAAAGAAAUGCAGGGCAGCAAUCUAAGUCAUUUGGUUUGACAACUGCAGUGAAAGAUAGUUGUGCCUCCUGCGGGAAGACUGUGUAUCCUAUGGAACGCCUAGUCGCAGACAAGCAAAUCUUUCACAACUCCUGUUUCUGCUGUAAACACUGCAACACCAAACUCAGCCUUGGAAGCUAUGCUGCCCUGCACGGAGAGUUUUACUGCAAGCCUCAUUUUCAACAGUUGUUCAAGACCAAAGGGAACUAUGAUGAAGGAUUUGGGCGUAAGCAGCACAAGGAACUCUGGAUGCAGAAGGAAGGGGAAAAUGGAGGCAAAAUGGAUUGAUGUUUCUUGUGCCACCAUACUGAAAAGCAAGAGAUAUUCAAUCACAAAAUGUGAAAAAGAUAAAAUAAAAAAAAAAAAAACAAGCUGCUUACGAUGAUGCAAAAAAGGCUGCAGAACACAUGCAAAAAACAGGACCCACAAAGAAUACUUCUGCAAAGUGUUCCUUUGAGAAACAUGCCAUCUAAACCAGGAACCAAGGAUCUGUACGAAUUAUAUACUCAGUGGAUCAGACUGUUCAGCUUUCUUGUACAAAUGGGGUAAUCCCAAAAUUCUUUAAGUAUAUACUUUAAGAGGAAAGAUUUUUAGCUAAGUGAGGUUGAGUGUAAGAAAUAAAACAAACUAUUAGUUCGUUUCAGUGA